AUGACGUGCGGCUCUGGUCACAACAGCUAUCAGAAAGAUGCGAAAGCAUGCCACAAGAUGAUGGCGGCUAAUCAAAACGAUUAUUUUGACGACAACGACGGUCACGACGAUGAUGAUGAUGAUGAUGAUGAUGAUGAUAAUGGCAGCGGUGAUGAUCAGAUGAUCUGUUUAUAUUUCAAGAGGGAAAAAAUUGUCAUGAACUGA